AAGAUGGGAACAAAAGUAAGCAUUCAUGUAUUUGAAAUGGCAGGUGGCAAUAUUUUGGAUUGUUAUCAAAACAUGAAUUAGCCAAGAGGGUCUUCUUUCCUGUGAAUAUAUCAUUAAUCAGGAACUAAACAGUUUAGAAAUGAGUUCUUUUCGUAAUAGUAAUAAAUUGGAGGAUAAAUACUCGAAAGAAAAAUCUGAUGUGGUUGCGGAAAAGCACGAAACUGAUAGAUCAAGGUCGUCCAGCCAUGUUAAAGGGAAAUCCCCUCAUAGCAGAAACAGGAAUUCAAACCGAGAGCUAUAUAACCACACCGGUAUUGUUGAAGAAAGGCUAAACUUUUCCGAAGAUCGACAUGUCGCUUACAGAACUGAUGAAAACAAUCGUGAGCGCCAUAAAUCAGACAAAGACAGAUAUCAUGCUUCAAGUUUUGAUCAGCGUGACAAUCCUGAACGAAAUAGUGGUCGUUCAGUUGAAAAAGUAUCUUAUCCUUAUAAUUUACAUGAUAAGAGGAUUUUUUCUAAAGAAAAUAGACCGUCAGUCAAAAAUAAUCGUUCGGGUGAAGUUUUCCAUGAUAGGCAAAUCGACCCAAAAUUGGCCCAUAGUGAUCGUACAGUAGAUUUUCAUAAUGACAGGCAAAUCGGCACAAAAUUAUCUCAUGAUGAUCGUACGAUAGAAGAUAUUCAUUACGAUAGGCAAUUCGACUCAAAGUUCUCUCAUAAUGAUCGGUACAGUGAACGUCGAAAUUUUGCUAAAAGUCGUAGCCGUUCUCCCACAAAAAUUGAUAGUACCCACCAUAAAUAUCCUGACUCGAAAUCAACUCAAAUGACUGAACAUCGUCAUGACAGUACAUCCGAUAUUAAUAAAUCAUCGACAAAAUCCUUUGAUUUCCAUAAUUCUAAUGAAGGCAAGCAUUUCAGUGACAAACCCACAUAUUAUAAUAAAUCAUUAGAAUUUAGGCAAAAAGGUUAUCAUUACACAGAGAGACAUGAUGGAUAUAAAAAUAAUAGGAAUAAUUCAUCAUUCAAAGAAAGUUAUAAUACAAAUGAUGAGAGACACAUAUCAUUUAAAAAUCCAUCUGUUUCGGGGGACGACGAGUUUGUUGCCAGUCUUUUACAAAAAAUUGAUUUUUUGAGUAACCAAGUAGAUCAUCUAACUCAAGAAAAUGAAAAUCUAAAGCUCUCAUUGAAAGAGGAGUCUGCAGCUGAAAUAUCUAUAAAAUUUGGCAACAAAAGGUUUGAAGAAAAGUAUCUGCCGAUUUUAAAGGACAUAGCUACUGAUUUGAUUACUGGACGUUGUAGUGUCAAAGCACUGUCUUCAUUUUUAAAGACAACAGAUGCUACUGAAUUGCAAUCAGAGAAUUGGAAUUUAGAGGGGGAGAUAUUUUCACUGGACAAUUCCUGUGAAGUACCCAAAGAAAGCUCAUCUGUUCCUAGGUAUGAUCAGAGUUUUAAUGAAGUUUUGCAAAAUUCUGAGUUUUCCCAAGAAAGUGAAACUGAUGUCAAAAGCAAAGAAUGUAAAGCAAGUACAAAGGUUUGUUUUAAUUGUGAAGGAGAUCAUCUCAUCAAUGAAUGCCCACUUCCGUGGGAUAGGAGAAAAAUUGCUAUUGCUAGAAGAAAAAAACAAUCAACUUUUGUGUCAAAUAAACGCUAUCAUGUUUAUGAAAAUCAACAUUCUAAAUUUAAGCCUGGAGUUAUAAGUGAGGAGUUGAGGAAUGCUCUUGAUCUAGGAAGGGAUCAAAUUCCGUUGUAUAUUUAUCGGAUGAGAAUUUUAGAUUAUCCCCCAGGCUGGCGUGCCGAAGCUGCUAUCGAAAGUUCUGGUAUUGCAUUGUAUGACUCUGAAGGUAUUGCUCAACCUGACGAGAAAUGCAAAAAAGAAAAAAAUAGCGAAAGUGCAGUACAGUAUGAUCACGAUAAACUAAUAGAUUACCCAGGAUUCAAUAUUCCUCUAACUCCAGAUCUCACAGAUGAAUUUGAUGUUUUAGGAUUUCCUCCAUUUCAAGAGUCACAGUUGCGUACUUAUGUAGAAGAGACCUUGCCAAAAGCAAUUGUGAGGAAAUACAUUCAUAUUCCUGAUUAUUGUGAUUCAAACUUUUUUCCAGACCCAUCUGUAAUAGAAUUAAAAGAAUUCCAGCCUCCUUUACCUGAAGAUAAAGCGCCGCCCCCUCCACCCGAAUUUUCACCAACUGAGAUUGUGAUUGCUUCACCAGAGUAUUCACCAUUCUCUCCAUCCUCUUCACCCUCUUCCCUUUGUUCACCAAAUUCACCUAAAAACAAGCCUGAUCCUCCCGAAGCUGAAAGCGACAGUGAAGACUGCGUGAUUUUGGUCGAGCAAGAUUCCGGUGGCGAUUCUCCGAUUCCGAAUCCCGACUCGAAUAGGUUUGGAGCUAUCAUGGAACCUUUUACACUGAACGAGGACUCGUCAGGAGGUGACACGUCACCCUCUUUGGUGGAACUGGAAGAAAUAAAGAAAAGACUGGUCAUGGCGCUCGGCAUCGACGCGGAGCCGUCGAGUCCCGUUGCGGUCGCAAAUGAGGAUUCUGUUCAGUCGCUUAAAACAGUGGAUUCUGAUACAGUGGAAAACACGAAUGAGUUUUCAAAUUUAAGUGAUAGUAGUUUUUCUUCAAAAGCUAGCACUAGUGGAAAGUCUGUAAGUAACAGUGGAAUUCUGCCAAGGACAGAUAGCAUUGGCAGCAAACUAGUUUCUCUGGGGACGCCAUCCAUUUCAAGGCACAGUUCAUUCACAAGACUGCCAAAUUAUGAAAACUUUUCAAAAAAUGUUACGUCUCACAUGGAUUUUGAGAACCUACCUAGCUCCGUUGGUACUUACCAGCGGAUGAAGAAAGUUAUUAAGAAAGUCAAGAAUAAGCUCAAUUCUCUCAUGCAUUGAAAUAGGUAUUUGGAGUCAAAAGAAUUGUUUUGUUGAAAUGUAUAUUUUUAAAGCACAAUUCAUAGGGGAAAAAGUGCCAUGUCAUUGAACUGUGUUUCGAAACCUCAAUUUCUUAGGUAACUGUUAUACAUAAUCAAGGUACUUUCGGUAAUGUUAUUUCUGUGGAAAAAGAAUGAUAAAUUUUACUUUCUGAUGUAAAGCAUAGUGGAUAAACGUUUUAUGUGAUAUUUUGAUAAUUUUUAGAAAAUCAGCUCUACAACUUUAAACAGAUUCUUCUACUAAGCUUUUCAUUUCAAUGCACUUAAUGAAAUUCCAGGUAAUUUUAUUUCUUUGGGAUAAGAAUAAUACAUUUUAAAUUAAACGUAAAACUUUGUGCAGGAAUCGGUUAUCUGAAAUUUUAAUCUGAAGUUUCAGUGUUUGAAACUAAAUUACCAUUAUUGCCCAUUUUCAACUAUGCAGAACACACAUUUGGUAUUCAAUGUCUUUAGUACUGUUUAUGAAAUAUAAUACUGUUUACUAUUUACCACUGUUAACAAUUUUUUUUCUUCUUUCAUUUAGAUUAACUUUAAAAAAAACUGCAAUUUUAUUAUUAUUGAGAAAAUUAUAUCUUUGUUAAAAAUUUCUCUGCUUUAAAAAUAAGUACAAACAAAGUGCAGUAAAGUUAUGUGUCUUUUAAUGUAUUAAUGUUAAAAAAGUAUAUAAUUUAAAAAUAAAUACUAACAAAAAUAUUGUAAAAUGAUGUGUCUUUUUAAAGAUUAAUGUUAAAAAGUAUGUAAUUUAAAAAUAAAUGCAGCAAAAUACAAGUAAAGCAGUGUUUAUAUGUCCUUCAUGUAAUUGGUGUAAAAAGAUAUAUGAUUAAAAAUAUAUAUAAUUGAAAAUUUUAAUAAACAGUUUUGGUUAUUGCUCAAGAGGACUACUCAUGCAAACUUGUGUGACUGUAUUUUUAAAGUUGUAUAGAGUGCUAGGGAAAUCCUAUGCAGCAUUUAAAUUAAAAAGCAAUAUCAAUGAUAAAAAUUAAUUCUUUAAAGGAAAAGAAUCUUAUAGGAAAGAAAAGAUAAGAAAGAAAACUAUUUUUUAAGUAUUAGACAUAUUUCUUUUCUACAUUGUAAACAAUUUUAAUUAAUUGCAACUUAAUCUUUAAGGUAAUAUUUAGUACAUAGUACUUUGGAAAACAGUAUCAGUACUUUAUAUAAAUUUUCAAAAGAAAAGAACUAUAUUAAGUUAAAAGAAACAUGCCUUUACUCUGUAUUAAACAUGUCAGCAAAUAAAAAAGGGUAUAAUUUGUUCUAUAUAUGAAUGAACCACAAUUAAUGUAACAAGAACAGACAUGCUAUAAUUUUGAUUUUAUAAUCAAGAACCUUCCUCAAUGUCGAAGCAAUGCAAUGUUUUUAUAGCAUAAAAAAAUUAAAUUAUUCUGUUUUUGACAGUGAGAUAGAUUUUUGCAUAUAAAAUCGAAAAUAUGUCUCUAUUUUUGUUCUGUUAUUUGCACUUCAUGUUGUUAAGCACUAUUUUUAUUAAACAUGUAGUUAAUGUUUUACACAGUUUUUCUACAUUGAUAUUGUUUAAAUUGAUUUUGUAAAAUAAACUCAUUUAAAUUUAGUUCUUUAAAUGUUUUUUCGAUAAUUGUUAGACAAACAAUGAACAAGGUUUCCCAAUCGAGCGUAUUUCAUCUUUUAAAAAAAGAUGAAACUUAUUUAAUUAAUUCAUCAUUACUUGGAAUAUUUAUCAAGUAAAUUCUUGUUUGAUAAAUUCGCCAUUUUUAUUUUAUUGAACAAAGUUAAGAUCUAGAAUUUAUUAGUUGCUGAUAUUCUUUUACUUUAAAGCAACACUGAAAGAAAGAGAGAUAAUUGUAAGUAGAAAAAGAGUAGCUAAUUGUAAUUUAAGAUUGAAUGUUUUUUAGUAAACUUAAAAUUGUAACUUAAUCUAUAAAUUCUUUUAUCAUCUUUCUUUAUUGAUGUAAAAAUCCCCUUAAUUGAUAAUUCAAAUUUUUGUUAGGUAUGGUAUGCUAUUUUGAAUUGCACUGUUUGAGAAUCAUUCUGAGUUAUUUGACUUGAAAUGAUAAUUUUAACUGUAAUAAUUGACAAUCUGAAAUGGAUUUUUUUCUUGUUUUUAUUUUUUUCCCCCCUUAUCAAUAAAUGUGGUAUGCUAUUUUAAACUGCGGCUUUUAAAAGUCAUUCUAAAUUAUUCAGUUUAAAACUAUAUUUUUAUAUUAAUUGUAAUAGUUUAUAAAAUGCAAUAACGAUAACUUUCUUUUUUACUUAAUAAAAGAAUAUUAUAUGCAACUUAGAGCAUUGAUGUUUAAAAAUUCUUCUAAAUUAUUCAUUUUAAAUCUAUAUAUUUUGUGUAUUGGCUAUAAUAAUUUGCUUUUUUUUUUUAAUACAUUAGAUUUUUUUUUGGGAGGGGGGGGGGGCUUAACCUUUGCCUAAAAUCAAAGCAACAAAUUCGUAUUAAAAUAGAUGCCAAUGAAUUAUAGUUGGGAAGACACAAAUUGCAAACCUAUUAACAGUGCUUUAAAAAAAAGAAAUUAUAAAAAAUAAUAAUUUAUUUUCCGUUAGACUAAAGUUUUUGUGAAAAAUGUCUUUAUGGCAUCUCCUUAAUAAAUUAUGUUGAGAAUAUUUUUUGAUUCAAUUUUCAGCAAUAAUUACAAACCCGCUCAAGAACAUUGUUUUACCCAAUACUUAAAAAUAUUCUUUGAUCCCGCGUUCAUGAAUAUGAUAAUACUCUUGAUUGAUAAUAUCAUACUAUUAUUAUUUAUAGUAUUAUAUAAUAUGAUAGUAUCAUAUUCUAGAAUACUGAAUCAAAGAAUAUUAUAUGAUAUCGAAUAUGAUAGUAAGGAAUAUUUGAUUUAUUCUAGAAUACGACAGUCACGAAUAUUCUUUUAUUUAGUGAAGUAAGACUGGAUAAAACUUAAAAGAAUUAUGUACUACGAAAAUGCUGUUGUAUUUUAUUGAAAGAUAUAUUUUUCUAAUGGAUACAAGUAUAAAUUAUUUUGAAAUACAUUUCUUGCAAUGAAAUCUUCAAUGUGCAAGAAAAAAUUGUAUAUUCUGGUAUUAUAGAUCAUUUUAAUAUGUAGUUAUUUAAAUAUUGCUUGUUUAGCAUAAUUGAAUUAAAUAUUUAAUAUUGCAUUUAAAUAUUGCACUCUGUAUUAGUCAAUUUUUUUUUCAAUCCUCUUACUAGUAGAUAAAGAUUUUUAAACUACUUUUUGAUUUGGUAAAUCUUAAAAUGAUAUUAAUGUGUGUUUGGUCUGAAAAUCCUUUAUGCAUAGAUAUAUAAAGACAAUAAUAUUAUGCACAAUAAAGACAAAAAGGAUAAAAAGAAAAGGGAGAAAAACAAAAAAAAAUUAAAAAGUUUUAUUCACUGUACAUAAGCUGCAAGUAACUAAAAUAAAAACACAUGCUGUAUUUUAUUUAAACAUAUUUUUAAACAAUUUAUUUGAACCAAGGCUUUAUUUUCAAUAACAAUUUUUUGUUUUGUUGAGAAGUUAUCUAAACAAUGAUUGCAAACAAUAGUGAAUUUUCAAAUUGAUCAGGAAUAAAUAAUAGAUUAUUUUGCUACUUUUAAGCUUUAUGUGGACCCUUUAAUUGUCACUAUUCUUCAAAAAUAUUUUCUUUUUUCUAGUUUUAUAACUAAGAUGUAUUCCAAUAUACUUUAAACUUAUUGAAUUCUUAAACGAAGAAUUAAAGCUAAAUCAAUUAAUAUUUUGUUAAAAUGUUUUUUAAACAAUUUAUUUGAAUGUUGGCUUUAAUGUUAGAUUUUAUUUAAAUGUAAAGAUGUUUUUUUAAACCUAUUCCAGACUUGUUAUUAUUUUAUUUUCAUAGUGUGUAAUAAUUCAUGUAUUUGGGAAUGAAAAAUUAUUGUUAUAAUUUGCACUUAUUAUGUGUUGUUUAAUUGAAAUGCAUUUUUAAACUUACCUGAAAUAAAGAUUUAUGUCAGGUUUUAUUUCAAUAUUAAAAAGAAAGUAUUUUAAACUAAGAAUUAUCUAAAUAUAUUGCGAAUUAUAUAAAUAAUGAUUUAAUAAACUUAGUGCAUUUGUAUGCCUCGAAAAUCAUUCCAUAUAUUGGACCUUUUAUUUUUGUGCAUUCAUGAGCUAUCAAAUACAAAUUAUUAUUUAAUAUUUAGUUUAUCAUAAACUUUAUAUGUUUUUCUGAUAGUUCAAUUCUGUUUUAGAAUCUUCAAUGAAUUUAAAAUAAAAAAUUAUAAAUCAAAAUUUAAUUUUGUAAAUAUUGCCUAUUUGAUUUUAAUAAUUUUUGUACUAAAAAUUCUGUAUGCAUGCUUAUUUGCAAGUUUUGAAACGCACAAAAUAAACCUAAAUGAAUUGUUUAA